GCUCGUCUUAGUCAGCUGUGCCUCGAAAGAAUGACGCUUGAGUUGGUGGAGCUCUCACUUGAAUACUCAAUAUGUUGUCCAUCGCAAAAUCUGCUCUGCGGCCCUCUCUGGCUCGUUUUUUUGCCGCUCCUGCGACCAGCAAGUCUCUUCACACUCUUCCGGAGUUGCCUUAUGCCUACAAUGCUCUUGAGCCAUACAUCUCCGAGACAAUAAUGAAACUCCAUCACUCUAAGCAUCAUCAGACCUAUGUCAAUGGACUCAAUGCCGCAGAGCAAGCUUAUGCGCAAACCCCUUCUGUUAAGGAGAAAAUUGCCUUACAGUCAGCAUUGAAAUUCAACGGCGGCGGCCACAUCAACCAUUCGUUAUUCUGGAAGAAUCUUUCGCCUCCCAAUGCUGACGGUGGCAACCUUUCCGACGGUCCUCUGAAAAAAGCUAUCGAACGUGACUUUGGAUCUGUGGAAGAGUUCAAAAAACAGUUCAAUGCCGCUACCGCAGCUAUCCAAGGGAGUGGAUGGGGAUGGCUGGGCUACAACCCUGCCACCAACAGGCUUGAGAUAGUUACGACGGCCAACCAAGAUCCUUUGCUUUCUCAUACACCCAUUAUCGGCGUUGACAUUUGGGAGCAUGCUUUCUACCUGCAGGUACGCAAUGAUUUGAGAAAUAUCGAGAUAUAUUCCAUAUUGAUCUUUCUCCUUUCACAGUACCAAAAUGUCAAGGUAGAUUACCUCACUGCAAUUUGGAACGUCAUCAACUUCAAGGAGGCAGAGCAAAGGUUGGCCGAGGCUACCAAUUAGCUCAUCAUCUGUGUCGUUGCAUGGUAAACUUCCAUCACAUGAUGUGAUACGUUUUUAUGAAAUUGAAUCACAUGUUAAAGUUACAGUCAAGUGCCAGUCUACGUAUGUUGUCCACUUCCCACUGUAUUGCCUACAACGAACUCUAGCUUUUUCGAGCUAGUGGAAUACAAAUUUUCCGUAGCAAACGGAUUACACAUCAGUUCUCCAGGAAACCACAAUCAAGGUGUAUUUCAUGACAGCUGCUUGUGAAGAUUCCCAGAUGAGGCGUCAACUUCAAGG